AUGAUGAUGGUGGUGCAACUCCCCUACAUGUGGCAGCAGAUGUCGGACGCCUCCCGGUGGUGCGCUUGCUUUUGGAAGCUGGAUCCUCUCAGGUUGAUGAGGUCACGAAAGCGCAAGGUGGUGCAAUACCUCUUGGAGGCAGGAGCUUCCAAGGAACGAGCCAGAACUGACAAUGGUGGCACUCCCUUGCAUAGCGCAGCUCUAAGUGGAUGCCAGGUGGUCGCCCAGAUUCUCUUAAACUUUGGGGCCGCUCGUGAUGCAGCUACACCUGAGGAUGGCGUGACUCCGUUGCACGUCGCUGCUUUGAAUGGCCAUGGGAAGGUGGUGCAGGUGUUGCUUGAUGCCAGGGCGUCUUGUGAUCAUGUCACGAUGGGAGUUGGAUCAACGCCUUUGCACUUGGCGACUCUAUAUAACCACGUGGAAGUGGUGCGUGUGUUGCUUGAGGCUCGAGCAUCGUGUGGUCAGGCGGUAACAGAGAAUGGUGCAACUCCUUUGCAUUUGGCCGCAAGGGGUGGUUUUUUGGCAGAGGUGCAAUUGCUGCUGGAUGCCAGAGCUUCUCCUCAUUCAGCAGCUACAGAUGACGGCUCAACAGCUUUGCACUAUGCCGCUCAGAGUGGACACCUGGACGUGGUGCGGAUGCUGCUGGAUGCUGGAGCCUCUUGUUUUGUGGCCAGGACUGAUAACAAUGCAACUCCUUUGCACGUUGCAGCCGCCAAAGGCUACCCAGAAGUUGUGCGCUUGCUGCUAGAUGCUGGAGCCUCAUGCAAUGAUGUUGCCGGAUUUGCCUUAACUCCUUUACAUUUAGCAGAGCAGAAUGGUCAUUCAGAAAUAGUUCUGAUGUUGCGAGAGGCCAGUGCUAAGCGAGCCCGGAUUGAGAAGCAUUGA